AUGUUUUCAUAGACUAAUAAAUGUUAAAUAAAAAGAAGGAACAAAAGUUUUAUUGAUACUAACAAUCAUUAAAUAAUUGAUUAAUGUAAAUAGAGAAGGAAAAGUUGCAAUUGUUAGUAAUGUGGAUAACUCAGUUGCCUUCAAUUCAAGUUUAUGAAUUUAUUAUCACAAAUCUAACAUUUUUCAACAAAUAAACAAAAGAAAUAUUAAAGUAUUGAAUCAACUUAUAUGGAUUCAUAAGAUGCAAUUAUUACAAAUAAUUUAAUUUAUAAAAGAAUCCACUAAUCAAUCUAAGGUAAAUAGCAGAAUUAUUAAAACACUAAUCUUAGUCUGAUUUAGACAAAUAAAUCUUUUUUUACAAAAAAAUAAAGAUCAAACAGUUGUUAUUGUGAUGAAUGUGGAAAUAUUACAAAAUUUUAAUCAUAAGCAAAGUUAAUUUAUAUCUAAUAAAUAAUUAAAUCGAGACAUACUAAUUUUAGAAUAAAAAGAAAUUUAGAUUAAAUGUUUAAAGGAAUCAGUCCUAUUGAAAGAAAAUAAGAAUAAGAAAUUGAAGAUGAUGAAAAUAAUCCACUCUAACAUAAUCAUAUAUCUUCAUUUAGAAGAUCCAUAUUAGUCAUAAAUACACCUAUGAAAUAAAUCUAAAAAGUUUAAUAAGGUAGUGGUAGAAAGAUUUUUUUAAAAGAAGAAUGCAAAACAACAUUAUUUUCUAAAACAAAUUGUAAUAGCAAAGAAUGUACAAUAAAAUCUGAAAGCAAUAGCCCAAAUAUAAAAAAUAAAAAAUUAAAUCUUCCAUAAGUAAAAUCAUCUUAUAGCAAAACAAGAUAAGUUGCGAAUGAAGUUCAACUUAUUAAAUUUACUCCCAGAUUAAAUAGUAUUAAUCUAAUAUCUUGA